GUACGUUUCCAAAGGAAAAAGACUGAUGAAGAACCAGCAGCUGAUGGAAGAGUUAGAGAAAUCAAUGGAUGACAAGGUUGAAAAGAAUAAGCUCAUGGAAGGCUUACUUGGCUACAUAAUUUUCUCCACCCAGGAAGCUGUGGUUCUCCCGCCAUUUGUGGCGUUUGCAGUUCGGCCUCAUCCUGGCAUAUGGGAAUAUGUCAAAGUGAACUCAGAUGACUUAUCCGUUGAUGGAAUAACAGCUGCCGACUACUUAAAGUUCAAAGAACUGAUUUUUGAUGAGAAAUCGUACCAAAUUUACAUCAAUGCUAUUUAUACUGUUAUGUUUCGUUCCCUUUUAAACCCAUCGAAAUUGGGCUUCCGCAGGGCGAAGGAUGAUAAUGCACUCGAGAUAGAUUUUGGAGCAUUUGAUCUAUCAACGCCGCACCUGACAUUGCCAUCAUCCAUAGGAAAUGGCACACAGUCCUUGGCAAGAUUCUUAUCCUCGAAGCUCAAUGAAAGAUCUGACAGCAUGAAGCCAUUGCUGGACUACUUGCUAGCUCUGAAUUACCGUGGAGAAAAUCUCAUGAUCAAUAGUACACUCAACACUGUCAACAAGCUUCAGACUGCGCUGCUUUUGGCGGAGGUGUUCGUUUCUGGUAUUGCAAAGAAUACACCAUUUCAAAAGUUUGAGGAAAGAUUUGAGGAGUGGGGAUUAGAGAAAGGAUGGGGCGAUACUGCAGAGAGGGUAAAGGACACACUCAAUUGUCUCUCAGAGGUGCUUCAGGCACCUGAUCCACUAAACCUGGAGAAAUUCUUUAGUAGGGUCCCUGCAGUAUUCAACAUUGUGAUAUUCUCGAUUCAUGGUUAUUUUGGGCAAGCUGAUGUACUUGGCUUGCCUGAUACUGGUGGUCAGGUGGUAUACAUCUUAGACCAAGUUAGAGCCAUUGAAGAAGACUUGCUUCUUAGGAUUAAACAACAAGGAUUAUCUGUAAAACCACAGAUCCUUGUGGUGACAAGACUGAUACCUGAAUCCCAGGGAACUAAAUGCAAUCUGGAGCUUGAGCCAAUUCUCGACACAAAGCAUUCUCAUAUUCUCCGUGUACCAUUCAAGACAGAAACUGGUGUUCUAAAGAACUGGGUAUCUCGAUUCGAUAUAUACCCUUAUCUGGAGAGAUAUGCUGAAGAUGCAUGUGAGAAGAUUCUUGACCACUUGGAAGGAAAACCAGAUCUAAUAAUUGGAAACUACACGGAUGGUAACUUGGUUGCCUCUCUCAUGGCAAGUAAGCUUGGAAUAACUCAGGGAACAAUUGCACAUGCUUUAGAGAAAACCAAGUAUGAAGAUUCAGACAUCAAAUGGAAGGAAUUAGACCAAAAGUAUCACUUCUCAUGUCAAUUCACCGCCGACAUGAUUGCUAUGAAUUCUGCUGAUUUCAUUAUCACAAGCACUUACCAAGAAAUCGCAGGAAGUAAAGACAGACCAGGCCAAUAUGAGAGCCAUUAUGCAUUUACUCUUCCUGGACUAUCUCGAUUCGUUGCAGGCAUUAAUGUAUUUAAUCCCAAGUUCAACAUAGCAUCCCCAGGAGCAGACCAAUCAGUCUAUUUCCCGCACACACAGAAGCAAAAACGCUUGACGAACUUCCAUCCAGCUAUUGAGGAACUUUUAUAUAGCCAAGUGGAAAAUGAUGAGCAUAUUGGAUAUCUGACAGAUAGCAAGAAACCAAUCAUUUUCUCAAUGGCAAGACUUGACACCGUGAAGAACAUAAGUGGAUUGACUGAGUGGUAUGGUAAGAACAAGAGAUUAAGGGAACUUGCAAACCUUGUUGUGGUUGCAGGCUUGCUAGACACCUCAAAGUCCAAGGAUAGAGAAGAGAUAAAUGAGAUACAGAAGAUGCAUUCCUUGAUUGAGAAGUACAAACUGAAGGGUCAGUUCAGAUGGAUAGCAGCACAGACUGACCGGUACAGAAACAGUGAGCUAUAUCGUUGUAUUGCAGAUAGCAGAGGAGUUUUUGUGCAGCCUGCUCUUUAUGAAGCAUUUGGGCUCACAGUCAUAGAAGCAAUGAACUGUGGUCUACCAACCUUUGCAACAAACCAGGGAGGCCCUGCCGAGAUAAUAAUUGAUGGUGUUUCUGGAUUCCACAUCAAUCCGAAUAAUGGAGAAGAAGCAAGCAAUAAAAUAGCAGAUUUCUUUGAGAAAUGCAAAGCGGAUAGCAGCUACUGGCACAAGUACUCCACAGCGGGACUUGUAAGAAUAUAUGAAAGCUACACCUGGAAGAUAUAUGCCAAUAAAGCACUAAAUAUGGGAUCCAUAUAUGGCUUCUGGAAACAGUUGAACAAGGAAGAGAAGCAAGCUAAACAAAGAUACAUCCAAAUGUUCUACAGUCUCCACUUCAGAAAUUUGGUUAGCUGAUAUCUCUCCAAUGCUUAGCUAAACUAAGAAUUACUUAAUUUAUCACAAAAUUGUGGAACAAUUCUUGUGUUGCAGGUAAGAAUGAUGCAGUCAUCAAGCACAGUAGCAUCCCAACAGGAAAGCACCAUGCAGCAGCAGAUAGUCAAGGUGAACCGCCAGGCUCAACGACAGCCACCACCUCAGAGGCAAGUGUGCGCACUCCUUAGAGUAUUGCAAGCAAUAACCUACCUAUUCUAUAGCAUUCUGGAAAAACUUUACAGACUUGUACUAAGGCUAACAAGAGGAAGAAGAUAAUAACAGUUCCUUGUUGCAAUGCUAACAGGAAGGCAGAGUCAAGGAUACAAAGGUGAGAUAUCUUAAAGGAUUUAGCAUCAUUCACAUCAAGAAGGCAGACCGACACCUGACGUCAUUGUUUGCAUAUGUUUUUUUAUACAUAUGUUAGAAAUAUUAGCAUGCAAUCAUAGGUUGUAAAAGAGUUAAUUCUCAAUGCCACGUGGUUCAGGGCCAUAACAGAUUUCUUCCAGAAGAAGGCGCCACCAACCAAAGCCAACAGGACAUAAAUUAUAAAGCAGAUGAAGAGACAAUAAUUUCUACCCUGUGAUUCUACAAAAGUAUAUAGUAUGUGGUAUUUUUCUAUUGUUUUUCGCUUGAUUUGAUUUGUAAAUGAAAUAAUAAAUUUGUUAAACACAUUGUUAUUAUUUUAAUAACAAAAUGGGUAUUCUUUUCUUUUCCUUUUUUUAGAUUAAAUAUAAGAUUUUUAACAUAUAGAUUAGAUUUGAUAUAAUAAUUGUGUUUAAUCAGACUUGUUUUCGCCUAAAAAAGAAUAACUAACCUAGAUUGAUUGGAAUUAACAAAAAAACUAUAGAGAAGUACCUUAUAAUUCAAUGAAAAUAUCUUCUAUCUUAAAGAAUUUAGUUGAAGAAAUCCUAAAAAAAAAUUCUUUUAUGAGCUAAGAAAAUAUCAUUUUCGAUUUCUACAACAUGAAACCAAUCAGUAUGCUAAAUAGAGAGCUUUCCGGCCAUACAUAACGAUGUUGGAAAUUACAAGGUUGUAUCGAUUGUUUUAGUAGAAUUAAUGCUUUAUGGAUUGAUCUGUUAGCAAAUGAGAAAUUAUUAGAUUCAGAUGAUAUAUUGCAUGAAAUAUACCUCCAACUAUUUAUUUCACGUGAUUGGCGGACCGUAUCUCCGCACCUAAUAAUUUUUCCUUCCAAGAAACUAUGUUUGUCUUCUGCUACUUGACAAUGUUCAAUAGCUAUAGCUGAAACACCUCUGAUCCACAGAAAAAAAAUAAUAAGAAAGUUAAAGUCUCUUUUCUAAUCUUAAUUGGCAUCAUUAAACAAAGAAAAUAUUGGGUCAGUAUAACUUGACGAAUUUUCAUCAUAAUGAAUUUCAAAUUCAAUAAAUUUAUUUUAAAUUAAUAAAAAAUAAAUUUUAAUUAAUUAUUUAUAUGAUACACUCAUCUCAUAAUCAAAGCAAUAACUUCGAAUCCAACCUGACAAAUUUAUAUCAUAACAUCCAGUUACAAAUUUUUUCCAAAAAAUAAGCCAACAGAAACCAGACAGGCAGCAGCAGCUACUACUCUUUUCAGCAACCAAUAAACUCAACAACAUGGAGCUUAUAACAGGAACUAUUCCCAAAUUAAAAGAAAAAAAAAUCAAAAUUCGGGGAAAAACCGACGUCAAGGUUUACAUUUUCAGGAUUUCAGGAAGAAUACAAUUCAAUAUUUAAAUCUCAACCAAUUACAAUACGAAACCAUGAGCACACAAGGCCAAUACUUCAUGUUAGAACUUCAACGCACAAAUUAAAAAUCAAGGUAAAGAUUUUCAAUAAGAAAGAAUA